AUGCAAGCGACCAAGAAUCUCGCAGAGGUCCUUCACUUGCACUCUUGGUCUCUGGUCUACGGAGGCGGCACCUAUGGCCUGAUGGGAAACCUCGCAAAGUCCCUGGUCGAACUCUCGGGGCCCGAGGCUGUCCAUGGGAUUAUCCCGGCGGCCCUAAUCAGGGCCGAAAGGGGGCUGGUGAAACCCGAAGUCGCCGAAUAUGGCCGCACUACCGUCGUGCCCGACAUGCACGAGAGAAAGUCACUCAUGGCGAGUCAGGCUGAUGCAUUUGUCGCUCUCCCCGGCGGAUAUGGUACCAUGGAGGAGUUGUUCGAAGCUGUGACCUGGAACCAGCUGGGCAUCCACAGUCGUCCGGUGGUGCUUCUAAACACAGGUGGCUUCUUUAACCAUAUUCUGGCCUGGAUCGACCACGCCGUCGGUGAAGGCUUGAUUUCAAAGGGCACCGCCGAUAUUAUCAGCGUUGCAGAGACGCCGGAAGAUGUUGUGCUCAUGAUCCGCAACUACAAGCUGGCAGAGGGUAGACAUCUUCUCGACUGGGGGUCCAAGUGUUAG